GAAACUUUGAAUCCUGUAGUGAUCUGCCUGGGAUCAGCAUUGGUAUUGUGUGUGAUUCUAAUCUCUGUUCAGGCUUUUUUACUCUGCAGAAGGAAAAUCUGUGAACAAUGCAGAGAGAGAAUUCCACAUCAAACAGAGACAGAAAACAAGAAAACUCAGAACAAUGACCCUGUGGAGCUGAAUUACUCUUCCCUACACUUCAAUAAAAGGAAAACUAAACAAAUUUGAAACACUGUGUUUGACAAUGCUCCCAAUGUCAAAUGAACCCCUGUUCCUGAGAAAUCAGUAAGACCAUGAACAUACACUACAGACUUAAUUUAAUCCAUUAUUUUACUAAACAUAUUGUACUGUAUGCAUAAUUUAAAUGUGCAUACACCUGCAUGUAACACUUGUACAGUAUGUGGUCGUGCAUACUGUAACACAUGUGGGUGGAAUGGAAAUUUUAAAUGAUCAUGUGACUAGAUGCAGCCAACGAGAUUAAAGUCUUCAGUAUAAAUUUAUCAGUGGCUUGAUCUCAAACACCUUCACCCAAGUAUCAUGACAUUUAUGAGGAUGGCUCCACUUUGGGUUUUAAUUUUAUCUCUCAAUAUAUUUUCAGUUCUAGUUGCUGUAGAUUUUCACGGAUCAUCAUUUGUCUCGGUGAAGUCUGGAGAACAAGUGACUCUGAACUGCACAUUUCGUGAUGAACACAGUAAAGAACUUAUUGUUUGGUACAAGCAACGGUUUGGAGAGAUGCCCGAGGAAGUGGGAAAAACAAAAACACAUAAAGAUACUGAAAUUUCACCUGAGUUUAGCUCUGGAUUUAAAAUAGAGAAUAUUAUUAACGGCAUUUCUUUAUCAAUUCUACAAACAAAAAAAUCUGAUGAAGGACUGUAUUUCUGUGGAGUUUAUUACUGGGGAAAGUUUGACUUUUCCAAUGGAACAUUUGUAGCUGUGACAGAUGACAGCAAUGUAAAAGUGUCAGUAUCACAGAGCGGCGGGUUGGACUCGGUUCCUGCAGGAGCGUCAGUGACUCUGCAGUGCUCGGUUCUCUCUGAGAGCAGAGCAGCAGAAGUCCAAGUGCUCUGGUUCAGAGCUGCUCCACCACAAUCCCAUCCUCAAAUCAUUUACACUCAUCACAACAGCAGCCAUCAGUGUGAGAGCGGCUCUUCUACACACACCUGUGUGUACAACUUCUCCAAGAACAUCCUCAGCCUCAAUGAUACUGGGACUUACUACUGCGCUGUGGCCGUGUGUGGGAAGAUCAUUUUUGGGAACGGAACACGAGUACAACUGGGGGGAUCUGAUCCUUUAGUGAUCUACCUUGCCGUAGUGUUGUCAGUGUGUGUGGUAGUGAACUUUGCUCAAGCUAUUUUAUACUGUAAAAAACAAAACUCUGAGCAAUGCACAGCACGACCUCCAACAGAAUCAUUGAUAAAGAAAGAGGACAAUCAGAACUAUGAAGCUAUGGAGAUGAAUUAUGCUGCCCUAAAUUUUAAUGAAAAGAAAACCAAAAGUGGAAGAACAAAAAGGGAUCAAUAUCAAGAUCCUGUUUAUUCUGAGGUGGUGAAGGGUCCUAGUACAUAG